AUGAAGAUCCGUCCAAUCCUAGCUGAAAGCAUCUAUGCCCAAAGCCAGAAGGUGAGGUACAGGAGACCAGAAGGAUGGGAGCUGGGUAUUCCAGUGUGUGGCAACAGCAUUGAUCUGAGGCAUCCCAAGAUAAGAGCAGAUUCAAUGAAAGACUUUUGGUUGAAGUAUCCAUUCCAUGGGAAGAACUCUGUUGGGAUGAGAGAAAAUAUAAGCAAUAUUUCUGACCCUGAGCAUUCUAAGACACAUAUUGCAGUUGAGCUGAAUCUAUCUCAUAUAGAUAAAUCUCCAUUGCCAUAUAGGGUUUUUCUCAGUUUGAAUGGAGGCUUAAAAUCAGUUGUUCAACCUUUUGAAGUUCAAUACUCAGGAGAGGAUGUUGUACAAGAGGGUUCAUCAUUUUCUAUUGGAUGCGUUAUAUCAAAACAUGACAGUGCGCGGUGGACAAAAAAUAGGGUUAAAAUCUCUUCAGAUGAUGAUUACAUAUUUAAUGAAGAAGUGGAUGAGGAUAACAACGUCCAUUUAACUCUUAAGGUGGAAUCUGCCAAGUCUGAUCAUUCGGGCGAUUACAGAUGCAGUAGGUUUAGCGCUGCAUCUCACCACGUUGAAGUCGUGUCAGAUGACACAACAGAAAAGGAAGAGUCAACUGAAAACAAAUUUGGUCUCCCAAGUGUUCUCCUAGAAAUCAACGAAACCAUUGUAUUAGAAUGUAGCAUCGCGUCUGAAUCUUAUCAUGUCGAUUGGUAUAAAAAUGGCAACAGAAUCACAGCGAGUAAGUUUUCUAACAAAGAAGUAGAAGGAAACCGAUUAAUUAUCAGAGAAGCCCGAAUAUCUGACGGAGGUGAAUAUAUGUGCAUGGUUGACGAUCCUGAGUAUGAAGGCGCCAGUAUGGGAACUGUCAUGCAUGUUAGAUCUGAGCCUUACGUUGAACCAUUUCCAGAAAAGUUAAACGUUAUUCAAGGAAGGCCUCUUCUUUUGGAAUGUGAUGCUCAUGGGUUCCCCAAACCAACUAUUUCUUGGUUUAUUGGAAACGAACCGUUAGAAACAUUUCUUCAUCAGAAUAACUUGACAAUUUCUACGCUUUCUAAUAGCGAGGGACUGUUGGAUGCCAUGUUAUCUAUUCAAGAACCGAUCUCCAACCUUUACACCUGUGUCGCUGAAAAUUCUCUUGGAACAAGAGAAUCCUCUGUCUUCAUCGCAGUGAGAGAAAACAUGAUACUGACUAACGAAGAACUGCCAGGACAAGGACUAAUUCUGAAGGUUCCUGAACCUUUGGAGUUGAUGUGCAAUACAACCGAGGAUAAUUCUUUAAACGUCACUUGGCUGAAAAAUGGAAAUCCUGUUAUAAUUUCGGAUAAUGUGCACAUAAUCUCUGAAACCAAUUCCCUGGUUAUCCACAACACUGAGGAUGACGACACAGGAGAAUAUACUUGCGUUGUUGAUGAAAGCUUGAAUACCACUAUUAAAGUGAAAGCUCGUACAGAGUUCACUGAAGAGUUCCAUAAGUCUCAUAUCCUGGUUGAAGGAGACAAGCUUGUUCUACACUGUCAAGUAAAAGGCACGCCUUCCCCUGUCAUCACUUGGUACAGAGACGGUGUCCUAAUCAAUGGCUCAGAUGUUCGCAUCAUGUUGGAGUCCAGUGACAUUCACUUGAAUGACAUAUUGACUAUACAAGAAGUUGAAUUUGAUGACCGAGCAUAUUAUUCUUGUGAAGCUUCCAAUGAAGUGAACAGAGUCAGGAGCACCAUAUAUGUCCGGGUCAAAGACAAACUGGCAGCUUUGUGGCCUUUUCUAGGGAUCUGUCUAGAAGUAGCCAUUUUGUGUGGUAUCAUCUUUUUUUAUGAAAAGAAAAGAGUGAAACCUGAUGUUUCUGCUGGAAUCAAAGUUAGCAAAACUGUGCCAGACAACGUCAAGAGCAAGGAUGUGAGACAGAGAAAGUGAAAAUAAUGAGCCAGAUUAGAAAUGAAGACUGGUAUGCUCUGAUAUCAAUGUUUUAAAUCUCGUUAUAUAAUUUACUUCGUAGCCUUUGCAUAUAAACAGUGUGUUAAUCGGAAUACUUCUUAAAAUGUUUGAGUGUAGAUUUUUCAUUUAUCACAUUUCAUGAUGCAAGGUAUAUGUAAGACUGUUGUUUGAAUACUGAAUCAUGAGCUCAUUUCUUUGAAAAAUACGUCUCAUAUAUUACAAUGAAACAAAGUCGUUUCUUUUUAGUGAAAAUCGUAUCAGUUACUUACUGCGUAUUUUAAAUAUGUUCUGCAUUCAAAUAAUCACAUUGUAUUUACAAAAAUAUUGCCAUUUUAAGUAAGCCAAAAAAUGUCUUGUUAAAACAUUAAAAUCAUGAAAUCUAUCUCAUGUUUGAUAAAUUUAAAAAGAAUAGUUUAACAAUAAUUCUUCUCUUUGAGUCUAACUUUUAAAAUCACGUUUUGUUGAUACUUAUUUUAUAUAUGUUAAUAUUCCAUUGAUUAGUUAAGCCUGUGGAUUGAGAUAUUGCUAUCGAUUUAAAUACUUGGCAAGUUUUAUUUAAAAACAUAGUCACUUACAAUAUAUAUUUUGCUUCAGUAUUUUACACCCCAAUGUUAUUUAUUAUUUCGUAAUGAAUGAUUAAGUAACUUUUAUAAUAGAACAUGUUGUGGCUGGCUGAAGCUAGAACUAAAUGUUUUAUUCGAGUAAUAAAAAAAUCUGGUUUGUUUUAAUUUUUUUUAAAAACUGAUAGAAACAUUAACUGAAACAAUUAAUUCAAAAAUAAAAAAAAUCCAUAUAUGCAAAAACAGUGAAGUACAUAUUCCAAAGCUGAAAAUAAAUGAAGCUUAGUAUUCCAAACCUAAAAAAUAGAACAGCUUGGUAUUCCAAGGCUGAGAAAUAAAAAGUUUGGUAUUCCAAAAAAAAACGAACUACGUGCUAGCUUUAGCGAGCUAAUUGGAGUAUACUUACUUUAACUUCAUCGUUGUGACUACCGACAAAAUCAAAGAAUCUAUAUCUAUAUUGUCAAUAGUUUGAAGUCUGUAUAGAAAUACACCACGAGUACAUUUUACAUUUGUAUCUGUUUUAAAAAUAUAAUUUUGGAAAUAUAUUUUUUAAUGUCAAAUGUAUUACAAAAUUCUGUUCAAUCACAUAUUGUCUGUCUGAAGUAUAAUCAACUGUAUUGCAUUUUUAUCAUCCGAAGUGUUACUUCGUUUACAAAUAGUGCAUAUGUAUAUCUAAGAUAAAUCAACUCUUUUAAUUUAACAAAAAAUUAUUUUAAUGAGAAACUUGUAUCUUUAUUUUUAUUGUAUUAUCUUAUAAAAUGUUUAUUGGAAGUUUUAAAACAAAUUUUCAACGUUUAAUAUCCUGAAAUAAGUAUACUUUAAUUGUAACUAUCAACAGAGCACCCCAAAUUUUACAAAUUUGCCACUUACAAAAACUUAACGAUUUGCUUUUUACUUGACUAAAGGUUAGAUAUAAAAACAUUUAGGUAUUUUGCUGUGGAUAUAGUAGUAAAGUUUACUAAAAAAAUCAUAUCCAUAAAUCAUGAUUUUUGAAGACUAAAUAAUGUAUUUCAUUAACAAUCAUUUUCAAUAUAAUUUUCAUAUUCAUACGAAAAUAUAUACGGUGAAACAUCUUGAUAUGACGACAGAGAUAUAAAUUUAGAAAAAUGUUUAGUUAUAAUAAAAAUAUAUAUUACUAUGGCUGUAGAAAACAA